UUUUUUGAGUGAAAUUAUGGUAAGUUUUGUGAGAAAUUUGAGUGAAGUUUGAGUCCAUGUAUUAAUUGUUGGCAAAUAUGUAUAGAAUUAAGAAUGUCAUGAUUGGUGUGACGAGUGGUGCAAUGGAUGCCAUUCUCGGACUCUUCGCCAUCAGGAGAGUGAUUGUGGACGAGAGGAAUGCCAAGAAUGCCUCCAAUAUCAUGAAACGCAUCUUCGAGUGCAUUGUCCUCAACGGAUGUGUCUUUUUGUGCUCUAUUUUGCUCUUCAAUUACGUGAUUCUGGGAUGUCUUCACUCAUUCAUACAAUUCAUAUUUGGAUCUCAAGACGGCGUCGUAUCGAUGACAUGGUUUUGGUUGGAACCGACGCUCUCCUACUUCUUCUCAGUCUUCUGGGUUUUGCCUCUAUUUCUGUUGAGUCGUGUCGUCAAUGCCUUAUGGUUUCAGGACAUCGCAGAUAAUGCGUUCAGAGGUAGACAUCAAAACAUGAGGAAUAUUCCGGUUAUAAUCGCCGACACACUCUUCAGUCUCUUAACUCAAAUCCUGUUUCUAAUUCAGUCAAUGGUUGUGGAGUUUAUUCCGAUCCCACUAUUGGGACAAAUGGCGAGUCUUUUCCACAUCAGUCUUUUGUAUUCUUUGUACUCAUUUGAAUACAAGUGGUUUAAUAUGGGUUGGGAAUUACAUCGAAGACUUCACUUCAUCGAAAACAAUUGGACCUAUUUUUUAGGGUUUGGAUUGCCGUUGGCUUUCGUCACAUACGUGAUCCCUAAUUACCUCUUAAGUGGAGCCAUAUUUUCUAUAUUUUUCCCGCUAUUUAUCAUCAGUGCUAAUGAGGCCCGACCUCGAGUGGACGCCGGUUAG